GGUCUCGCAUGGCUCAAAUGGAAGGGUCGGGUGUUCCCACUAUCAUGUCCACCCACCCUCAAUCGAGCAAGAGAGAGCAGGCUCUCACCAAGGCGCUGCCAGAGGCUAUCCAGAUCAAGAGGCGGGCAGGCUGUGACGAGAAGAACAGCUUCGAUUCCUUCAGAGCCAGCUCCAUGUUGGGACCCUUUAGAGGCUGAUGAGCUGGUCAGAGUUCCUGGUCAGAGUUCCUUGUAGCGUUGUUGCAAACCACCACUGUAAACUUAUAUACCAUCGUCCCUGAUGCAUUCUCGCCUCGCCGAGACUCAUGGUCCAAUAUCGGCUCGGAAGCAAAGAGGGAGG